ACGUCGUGCCCACACGAUCCCGGUGUGUGUCCCGGAGGCCGGCGUGGGACCCGCCAUCGCGGCGGCGGGCGCAGCGUGGCCUUCGGGCGCCGGCGGAGCAGCGCUCGGCGGCGGCCGCUCCUGGUCAGACAUGGCUGCGUACAAGCCGGUGGUGGUUCAGGCGUUCCCCAAGCUCGGGGAGAAGAUUACGCAGGACACGCUGUACUGGCGGGGCUACAAGACACCUGUUCAGAUAAAGGAAUUUGGUGCAGUAAAUAAAAUCCACUUCUCCCCAGUUCCUCCAUAUAACUAUGCUGUCACAGCCUCCUCAAGGAUCCACAUUUAUGGCCGCUACUCUCAGGAGCCAAUCAAAACGUUUUCUCGGUUCAAAGAUGCUGCUUAUUGUGCCACAUACCGUGAUGAUGGCAAUCUACUUGUGGCUGGCAGCGAGGAGGGUAGCAUUCGCCUCUUUGACGUUGGUGGAAGAGCACCACUGAGACAAUUCGAUGGUCCUACUAAAGCUGUUCAUGUAGUGGGCUUCCUGUCUGAUAAAUACCGAAUAUUUUCUGGUGGUGAUGAUUAUUCGUCAAGUUUGUGGGAUAUUCCAAAUGGUACAGAAAUCAUCUCAUACAAUGAACAUACUGACUACGUGAGAUGCGGCUGUGCAAGUAAAGUGAAUGCAGAUGUCUUCAUAACAGGUUCCUAUGAUCACACCGUGAAACUAUUUGAUGCACGAACAAAAAGUAGUGUCAUGACAAUAGAACAUGGCCACCCUGUGGAGAGUGUGCUUCUAUUCCAGUCUGGUGGACUUCUAGUAUCGGCAGGCGGUCGAUAUGUCAAAGUUUGGGAUAUACUAAAAGGCGGACAGUUACUAGUUUCACUUAAAAAUCACCAUAAAACUGUAACUUGUUUAUGCCUGAAUAGCUCUGGCCAGAGGUUAUUGUCAGGAUCCUUGGACAGGCAUGUGAAGAUUUACAGUACUACUUCCUACAAAGUAGUCCACAGCUUUAACUAUGCAACGUCCAUCCUCAGUCUUGCAUUGUCGCCUGAAGAUGAAACCAUAGUCGUAGGCAUGACCAAUGGAGUGCUAAACGUUAAACACAGAAAGCCUGAAGAAAGGAAAGAAGAGUCUCAAAAGAAGAGACAACCAGCAUAUAGAACCCAUGUGAAAGGAAGAACUUACAUGCCAAAACAGGAAGAUUUCUGUGUCAGUAAACCAGUAAAACGUGUUUUGAGGAAAUACGACAAGCUGCUGAAGAGCUUUCAGUCUUCCAAGGCCCUCGAUGCAGUACUGGAGCCACCCAUCAGGCUUCAUACUCCUGAAGUUACGGUUGCAGUCAUGCAGGAACUGCAUCGCAGAGGAACACUGAGGAGUGCACUUGCAGGCCGAGACGAGAAGCAAAUUAAUCUCCUUCUUACCUUUGUGGCAAGACGUGUCAUUGAGCCUAGAUUUACUCCUGUACUGGUAACUGUUGCAGAUAUGAUCACUGACAUUUAUCAGCCUGUGGUUGGGCAAUCGGCAAUUGUCGAUAGACAGUUCUUGAAACUUCAAGAAGCCAUAGGAAAAGAAAUCGACUAUCAAGAAGAGCUACUAGAAGUUUUGGGAAUGAUGGAUACACUGUUUGCUACUUUUACUAAGAAAAGUGCUACUUAUCCAGAAGAGAACAAAAGUAAUGGUCUAACAGAGACCAUUGAAACAAAUAUGAAUAAUUGACUGACAACCAUCAGAACAAAUUUCACAAAAAUAUUGUGGACUUGAAAUACAUGACCUGUUCUUCUGGUGACUUUUUAUAAUCAUGACUCUCAAAAUAAGCCCUCUGUGUUGAAGGUCUGUCUUCUAAACUGUGUUUCCGAAUAGGUUGAAUUACUGAAGACAGAGAAAGAAGGACUUUUUCAAAAUUUUCCAUGCAAUAUUUUUCAAACAAUUGAAAUUUAAAGUUUUAUCCCAAAGUUGUAUGUAACUUUUAAAGAAUGUUUUGUGCAUACAAUAGUCAUUAUUUGAUUUAGAAAACAAUUUUUCAUUUUUAUUUACUAAAAUAUAAUUGCAGUUUGCCUAAUUUUAAUGUGUCAUUGCCCUUAUUUAAGGUUAAAUCCCAUCUCACGUACUUGGACAUAGGAAUAGAACCAUGUACGUAUUUGAUAAAACUUGACUACUUUGCUUUUUCUCUCCUUUCAUCUCUAUUUCAGACUUCCACAAAUUCCUAGGAAACAGCAAAAUGACUAAACAAAAUAAGUCAGUUAUUUUUUGUUUUGUUUAGUAUAAUAGAAUAAAUAUGCUUAUGUAUAUUUUUUAAAAGUUCCGUUUUUUAAACAAUGCGUAUACAUUUAUGAAUUAUAAUUCUCUAGAAAAUAUAUGUUUCCUACUUCUAAAGGGAAAUUAAUUCAAAUUAAAUUAAUGUAGUGCAUAAGUAAACUGUACACCAGUGACAAAAGCCUCAGUCAAGUAAAAUAACUAAUUUUUAAUGUAAUUUUAUCACUUUCAUUGUACAGUAGAUGGAAUUUGAGUCUACAUUGUUAUCAAUAUGUAUUUGAAUGCUGGGGUAAUGUUUUAUUUUAACUUCAAGCAAGGCUGAAGGAGGAUGGUAUACUUCAGAAAGAUGGAUGUGCCAAAGCCUGCUCAACACAUGUAGGGUGACAGUACGAUAGAACUUCGUACUUAGUUGGUUUCCUGUGACUUGCAUUUUCCCCCUUUGCUUGGAAUUUAUUUGAGAUAUAAUAUUAAUUUCCUGCAAAAGGAAUUUGCUUUAGUUUGGCAGUGAGAGAUGAAUGUCAGUGGUAGAAAUAACAUGAGCAACUUUGCAACCUAUAAUCUUAACAAUCUCUGAAGAGUGUAGAACAGUAUCUGAUCUACCCUUAAAGUAAUAUGUCAGCAAUAUAUGUUCCUGGCUACUGGGAUGUCCUGGUUUUGAAAACUUAGUACAAUAAUAGGUAAUAAUGAGGAGCAUGUUCAUGCAAAUUUUAAACUUCCAGUUUCCUUGCUGCUUACUUUUUUUAUUGUAUUUCUGCUAAUAGACCUGUCCUUUCUUUUAUCUCUUAGGAAGUCUGUGUGUUACUUUUAAUUGUGUAACUUAAUCAGGCAAUCUCUCUUAGGAGACUUCACACAGAAUGAGUAUUCCAUGACUCUUCAGUAGUGCUCGGAGUUGAAGGUGGAUAUUUCUCUUGGCAACCUGGAGUUCCAUGGCUUGAGAACCACUGACCUUGAUGUCAAAUAUAUUCUUAGUUCUUAUUAACAAUA